UGUAUUUACAAGUGUGCAGAGGACUUAGUUGUUAACAAGAAGAGGAAACGAAACCCUCGAUUUUGUUUAGAGAGAGAAACAGACAGAGGAGAGAGAGAUGUCGGGAACAACGACGGCGGAUGAAGACAAGAAGCCUGGAACUGAAGGCGGCGCACACAUCAAUCUUAAGGUCAAGGGCCAGGAUGGAAACGAGGUUUUCUUCAGGAUCAAAAGAAAUACUCAACUAAAGAAACUCAUGAAUGCAUAUUGUGAUCGGCAGUCUGUUGAGAUGAACUCAAUUGCUUUCCUGUUUGAUGGUCGUCGUCUCCAAGGGGCCCAGACUCCAGAUGAGCUUGAAAUGGAGGAUGGCGAUGAGAUCGAUGCCAUGUUGCAUCAAACUGGUGGAGGAAUCAUAUGAGAUCUGAUCUGUUACUGUUUAUGGACAUAGUAUUUAGUAUUUUAAUGCAAGUUGGCUUUAAUAUAAGGUUGUGCUGGUUGACAUUUAGAAUUCAAUGUGACAACAGUUUGUAUUUCUCUGUCUCUUGUAAACUUUGCUGAUUCUUACUAUUAUUAGUAGUUUAUGUGGCAUGACCA